UAAAUGGUGUGUAUUGGCAGCAUUUUCAUAAACAAUGACCUAUGCCCUGUACUUAGCACCAUCUGUGAAUUAGGAAGUGGACCCUCAUCAGCCACCGCACCACAUCUGCCAGCAUCAUGAUCUUAUACUUCCCAGCCUCCAGAACUUGAGAAGACCGGUAUUGGAAGCUGAAACCUCUUCUGUCGUGUUUGGUUUCUCACACUUAGAGGAAGUAGUUCUACACCAUUGGCUACCGACAGUUCUGGCCAGCCUCCUUCCAGAUGCACCAUUGGAUACUAAGUGUAUGAAAGAAUCAGCAAACUCCUUAAACAAAAUGGAAGGAAUGAAUGUCAACUCCAUGAAGGAAGGGGUUUUGCCUGUUUUUAUUCACUUUUGCUAUCUCCAACCUCUGGAAGAACACCCAACACCUGCUGAUCCCAUUAAGAUACUGAUGCCAUCACUGUCUCCUACGAUGGAAGAAGGAAACAUUGUAAAAUGGCUGAAAAAGGAAGGUGAAGCUGUGAGUACUGGAGAUGCCUUAUGUGAAAUAGAGACUGACAAAGCUGUGGUUACCUUAGAUGCAAGUGAUGAUGGCAUCUUGGCCAAAAUAGUGGUUGAAGAAGGAUCUAAAAAUAUACGGCUAGGUUCACUAAUUGGUUUGCUAGUUGAAGAAGGAGAAGAUUGGAAACAUGUUGAAAUCCCCAAAGAUGAAGGUCCUCCAUCACCAGCUUCAAAACCAUCAGUGCCUUCCCCCUCACCCGAACCACAGAUUUCUACUCCUGUCAAAAAGGAACACAUACUGGGAAAACUGCAGUUCCGUUUAAGUCCAGCUGCCCGUAAUAUUCUGGAAAAACACGCCCUGGAUGCUAGCCAGGGCACAGCCACUGGCCCUCGGGGUAUAUUCACUAAAGAGGAUGCUCUCAAACUGGUGCAGUUGAAAGAAACCGGCAAGAUUACUGAAUCCAGACCCACUCCAGCCCCUCCAGCCACUCCCACAGUGCCUCUGCCCCCACAGGCCACAGCCACACCACCUUACUCACGGCCAAUGAUCCCACCAGUGUCAACUCCUGGACAACCUAAUGUACCGGGCACAUUCACUGAAAUCCCUGCUAGCAAUAUUCGAAGAGUUAUUGCCAAGAGGUUAACUGAAUCUAAGAGUACUGUGCCGCAUGCAUAUGCUACUGCUGACUGUGACCUCGGAGCUGUUUUAAAAGCUAGACAAAGUCUGGUCAAAGAUGACAUUAAAGUAUCAGUGAAUGAUUUUAUAAUCAAGGCAGCAGCUGUUACUCUUAAACAAAUGCCAGAUGUUAAUGUAAGCUGGGAUGGAGAGGGCCCCAAGCAACUGCCCUUUAUUGACAUUUCAGUGGCUGUGGCAACAGAUAAAGGUUUAAUUACACCAAUCAUAAAAGAUGCUGCUGCUAAGGGUAUACAGGAAAUUGCUGACUCUGUAAAGGCUCUAUCAAAGAAAGCAAGAGAUGGGAAACUGUUACCUGAAGAAUACCAAGGAGGAUCUUUUAGUAUUUCCAAUUUGGGCAUGUUUGGCAUCGACGAGUUUACUGCAGUGAUCAACCCUCCUCAGGCCUGCAUUCUGGCUGUUGGGAGAUUCCGACCUGUGCUCAAGCUUGAGCAGGAUGAAGAGGGGAAUGACAGGCUGCAGCAGCGCCAGCUUAUAACAGUCACAAUGUCAAGUGACAGUCGAGUGGUGGACGAUGAACUGGCUACCAGGUUUCUUGAAAAUUUUAAGGCAAACCUGGAGAAUCCUAUCCGACUGGCCUAGUCCUCCAAAAUAAGAAGUUGGCUUUGGCUUAGUUAAUUGUAUAGCUGUUACCAGAAUCUACACUGUAGGAAAACAAUUAGGCAUAUAAGCGUGAUGUGGGUGAGUUGUUUAUUUAUUUAAAAAAGGUGAAUGAGUUUGGCCCAGAUUGUCUUCAUUUUCAGUUUGGGUUUAAUGGUGUAGAAAUAAAUAAACUGUGACUAAUAAAAAAGAACAUUUGGUUAGUCAGAUCCAUUUUUAACCUCUGGUGCUGUACUAAAGUGGAAUUAAACUUGAUGUAAAUUAAAUGUUUGGCUCAUUUGAGCAUUUUAGACAAUAUGAGAAUGUAUAAUAAAUUAUAAAGUCAAAAAAUUGUUAGAACUAAUUAUGUUGAAGUUAGAAGUGAUCUUCAGAGAGAAGCCCAUUAAUUUAAGCAGUGGGACCUCACUUUUUAUAAGCCCUGCUGUAGAUAUACUUGAACAAUUUAAUAUAUGUACAGUUUAUUCUGGAUAAUAGUAAGUAAGGAUCACAUUGUAUUAGGGGUUAUGGCAACAUUAUUGAAUUUUUUAUGUAUAUAAAGCCAUAGGUCUUAGAGUGGUUUCUAUCAAUCUUAUUUUUCACUUCUAUGACACUGUGAACUUCUAAAGAAGAAUUAAAAAGUCAAAAAUAAGAGCAAGAGAGAGACCAAAAAAUUUGUUUCAGUAAUAAACUAUAGUUAAGAUAUCUAAACUUUCUGAAAUAAACUAUUCAUCUUCGUAUUAAGUUGGAAUAUAUUAAAAUAAAUUAUGCUAUUUCCUACCAAA